AUGAACUUUACCCCCACAUGUACCCCUGUCUGCAGAAAGCCAAGAACUCUUCCCAAGCAUGGUGCUGCGUGUGGCUUCAGUGAUUCUACCAGGUGGAAGGGAGUGUCUUUCUCAGAUUCAGUGGAGUCAACUCCUUUACCUUCCAUCGAAGAUCGCCUGGCUCUUCUUUGCCCUUCUCAGGAGCUUCUGGAAUAUUAUCAAAAGAAGAUGUCUGAAUGUGAGGCAGAAAAUGAGGACCUACUGAGGAAACUGGAGCUGUACAAAGAAGCUUGUGAAGGACAGCACAAAAUAGAAUGGGAUUUGCAGCAGAGGGAAGAAGAGAUUGCUGAAUUGCAGAAAGCUCUAAGUGAUAUGCAAGUCUGCCUCUUCCAGGAACGGGAACAUGUUUUGCGCCUCUACUCAGAAAAUGAUCGAUUGAGAAUCAGGGAGCUGGAAGACAAGAAAAAGAUUCAGAAUCUCCUGGCUCUUGUGGGAACAGACACUGGAGAAGUGACCUAUUUUUAUAAGGAGCCUCCCAACAAAGUCAGCAUUCUCCAAAAGACUAUCCGGACUGUAGAUAUUUGUGAACAGAAUGAAUCUUCAGCUUUCAAAGCAGAUGCUAAAGUAAGCAAAAGAAAACCAACAAUGAGAGAGAAAGAAGAAACUGAGCAGUAUCAAAGAGACAUACAAACUCUCAUCCUACAGGUGGAAGCCCUGCAGGCUCAGCUGGAAGAACAGACCAAGCUUUCUAGAGAGCAAGUUGAAGGGCUCAUGGAGGAUAGACGGAUCCGCAUUGAGGAAAUACAAGUUCAUCACCAAAGAAAUCAGGACAAAAUCAAAGAGCUUACCAAAAAUCUCCAUCACACCCAAGAGCUGCUCUAUGAGAGCACCAAAGACUUUUUGCAACUCAGAUUUGAAAACCAAAAUAAGGAGAAGUCAUGGAUGCUUGAAAAGGAUCAGUUGAUGUCAAAGAUUAAGCAAUAUAGGGCACAGAGUAAGAAGAAAGAAGAUAAAAUUGGAAAAGGUUGGCCAGUUGUUCAUGAGAGUCAGCGCAAGCAAUGUGAAUAUAUUAAGUGCCUAAAGGAUAAGUUAAUACAAGAGAAAAAGCUGUCAAACAUGUACCAAGAGCAGUGCAUUUCCCUAGAAGAAGAACUUUCCCGAAUUCGUGAGGAAGAGGGAAUGAGGAGAGAGAUCUUCAAGGAUCGCUCUAACAAGAUGGGGAAGCGUUUACAAGUAAUGACAAAACGCUAUGAGGCCUUGGAGAAUCGGCGUAUGUUGGAAGUAGAAGGCUUUAAGACAGAUAUUAAGAUUCUCAGGCAGAAACUGAAAGACUUGGAACAAAUGCUCUAUAAGGCAACAGUUAAUGCCCGGGCAAACCAGGAUCUUGCUAUUCUGUGUGAGGUUCGUGACAGCAAUAAACGAGCACAUAAGAUACAAGGAGAACUGAAGAACCUAAAGUCCAAAUUAUUUGGUCUGGAGAAUGAACUUAGACUCUGUUGA